AUGAGAGCCUCGACACCUCGUUUUGCAGGCAUUUUCGCCUCUUUUCUCCUUUUCGCCAGCUUAGCAUCCUGUGAAUCGCCCGAAAUCCCCAGAGAUGAGCCCCGGCUGUACUCCAAUGUUUCUCUCAACACAGAUACCCAGGGCUUUUCCUUCAGCGAUAACCCGAACCCGGACUUCAGCCUCGCGGCUCGCGAAUAUGUCUGCUCAGCCGGAUACAGUGAAUGCGCUUAUAACUCCAUGAAAUGUUGUCCCAUCGGCAGCACCUGCUGCGGGAACGGCUCCUGUGCCGACCCUGGCGAGACAUGCUGCUCGACCGGUGGUACUUGUCGCAGUGGCUUCAAGUGCUGCACUGGGACGGACGGAUGUGCACCCAUCGGCGGCGAGUGCUGCUCUGACGGUACCUAUUGCCGUGCUGGCAGAGAGUGUCGGACUUACCUUGGACAGAAGAAGUGCUGUCUUCUGUCCGGAUGUGUUGGAGAGCAUGAUUCUGUCGGUGACGAUCUUGGUGUCACCGCUCCUACCUUGACGCGGACGGCUACUGCAACAGAAACGGAGACGGAGACUGCUACCAGUACUUCUUUCAAGUACUAUUACACCACUAUCUAUUGGACUUACUACUACUACUUCUGGACAUCGUUUGCUCCAUACACUGUUCAGACAGUCACCUCCACCCGCACCACCACAACGACUGUCUGGUCUGUGCUUGCAACCAACAGUCUCGAGGCUGAUGUGGAGCUUAUCUCUUCGUCGCGAGACUAUACUUUCUCAGCACCAUACUCGGCUACCUCUUUGAAAGCCUCGUCGGAGCCCGUUACGCUGUCGACCAGCUCGGCCGCUCCGACCGCGACUUCGACUUCAUCCAAUGAUGGUGGCGAGGUCUCUGGCUCAGGAGAUCCGGGCUUGUUCCCUGAGGAUUCAGUUGGUGCAGCUGGCUUGGGCUUCAGCGUGAGUUCCACUGGAAUGAUCGCUGGCGCACUCGCUGCUGCUAUUGGCGGUCUAGCCUUCGGACUGUGA